GAAUCCGGUGGGCGUUCCCGCGCCUCGGACUACCAGUUCUGUCCGGCUUGCCACCGUCUCCCGAUCCUCCGGCUCUUCACCAAACACGCAUGCCAGCACCCUCUCCUACCCGAGCGCCACGGUAUAAGCCGGUCGGCUGAGGAGAUAUAUCGAGAUGCCGUCGAGGAGAUGUACCGCCACUGCAAGGCAAAUAAUUUGAGUGAGGUCUGGGCGUACAUGUGGAACUCGUGGUACUGCAAGCCACGUUGGAAGCUUUGGGCACGAUCAGCGUACGCCGAGAGCAUUCCCCGCAAACGGACCACUAUGAUCGUUGAAGCUUUGUGGCGCGGCAUCAAGCGGUUAGUGCUGCACAUGUACAACCGCCCGCCGAUUGAUCUCGCUCUCUACGCCGUUGUCACGAAGACGCUCCCUCGGUAU